GCAUGUCAACAAGCAACUCCGCCCUGACGACUCUCCUUGCUGCCUCAGGUGAUAAAUUACCUUUAUUAUCACAAAUCUUUUAUAAAUUGAGCAUCAUCAGGACCUGUCGAAUAAUAUGGAACCAGCUGUUGAGAAACUUGAGAUUCUUUUUGGUAAGGCAGAAAGUGAGCUGGCAACACUGUCUUGUAAGGUUGACCAAGAGUACACUGCUUUAGCUUCUGCACAAAGAAGUAAUUCACAGGUACAGUUGCAAGUUCAGAUCAUCCAGGCCAGCAGUAAUCAAGGUCGCAUCUCAUUAUGUAUUCAAUGUCAAGAGGGUGCAGCUGUUGAUAGUGUGUUGAUGUUUGAAUGUCAUCCACUGUGUACAUACUUUCAGUAAGUUGAACACAAUCACAAAUAACACAAGUGUGUUGCUUCCCUUGUACGGCUUCGGAGCUGAGAACGGAAAGCUGACCUGUUUACUGACUGGCUGCAAACCUUCCCGAAAACAAGAGAGGAGGCGACUAAGAUGGUCUCCCAAGGUACGAUUUAGUCCGUCUAGUUAUGUCCCGUCGUGGAGUACCAGCAGAGAGUCUUGGUAACGAGUCUUUGAACCCGGAGAGUCUUGGUAACGAGUCUUUGAACCCGGAGAUUCUUGGUAACGAGUCUUUGAACCCGGAGAUUCUUGGUAACGAGUCUUUGAACCCGGAGAGUCUUGGUAACGAGUCUUUGAACCCGAAGGAACGAGAGAGUUUAGGUGAGGAGAAACGGAGUAACGACGGACCAUCUCAUAAUACCUCACCUGAUACCCACAAUAUCCAGGUCUCUACUAAUACCCCGGUCUCCAAUACCCCGGUCUCCAAUAACUCGGUCUCCAAUACCCCGGUCUCCAAUACCCCGGUCUCCAAUAACUCGGUCUCCAAUACCCCGGUCUCCAAUAUUUCGGUCUCCAAUACCCCAAUCUCCCUCACUCCAGUCUCCAGCCAACAUCGCUCUACACCUGAGGUCCCUGUUCUGUUAACCCGACGAAGCAGACUCGUCAAUGGAUAUACCAAGACUUCAAAAGACAAGAGACAAACACGGAAUAGGGGGAAUAGGGAGAACGAAGAGAGAAUAGAGGAGAAUAUAAGAAGAGAGAGAGACAGAAAGAGUACAGAUAGUGGUCUAGGGAGGACGUCUUCUGAGGGGGUUAACAGCCCUUUCUCAGAGGAACCCACGAGAAUGAAAGGCUGGGAGAGAAGCUCGGCGGAAUCUGAAGGAUGGAAGGAUACCACCGAAGGACAUAGAAGAAGAGAGAAAGGCAACAAGGGCGUGAAAGCGGUUGGGGGUACAAAAGCCGCGAAGAAGGAUGAAAUGACGCGUUUGGAGAAAGAGCUGGAACAGGAAAUGCGUUAUAGAGAUACGUUGGAGCAGCUGUGUGUGGUGAGGCAUUUCUUAACCAGUGAUGAUGAGGAUACAAUACAGUGGUCGGUUGGAGUACUACAGCAGAGUGUGGACGACCUGGAGAAACGACUUGAAGAUCUUGGUGAGGGGCAUGAUGAAGGGAGCGAGUUCAAGUUACGCUACGAGGCUCAGCUUGAACUGAACGAUAAGCUUGAGGAACAGACAGAGUGGUACUUGGACGAGGUUCACAAGACCAAGGAGAAGAUCAAGCGAGUGUAUCGGCGGGGUUUCAGCAUUACGACACUGAGCCAAGAGUACACCUACGACCAGGACCUCGAUCAGUACAAUGAGUUUGAGCUGCUGAGGAUGGUGAAGAGCCUAGAGAGGGAGAGGAACAACUUGUACAGCGACCUGAGGAACAAGAGUUGGAUCCUCGACAACCACUCUAAGGAGUACCAUCACCUGAAGGAGUUAAUUAGGGCGUACACAGGUGACCUAACCAUCGUCAACAGGUCGCUGGAACACCUAUGGAGACAACAGAGUGUUUCCUACGACUCCCACUUUGCUGGAGGAGCCUCACCUGUUACCUCACCUGGCGGCGUUAAGUGGAGCAGAUUUGUGCUAGAUGCGGUAUUCGAGCGGAGCAGCGGUCAAGCGGGUAUACGACCAUCUCAGAGGAUCCUUGACCCUCGCAAAGGACCAAUCAGGAAGACGGUCGGGGUCAGGUCACUUCCCAGGCUUGACCAAGAGGCUCUGGAUUACUAUGAUACCGGGUCACUCUUCAGGAAGGCUCGCUCUAGGUCUCGUGGUCGACCAAGGGGAAGGGCCAAAUCCCUAGAUGCCAAGAAGGAGAUAUCAGCCCCUAAUGUGGUGCCGCCAUUAAGCCCCGUCUCGAGAACCAAGUCCGAGGAGGUACAGUCCCAGAGGUCCUCAUCAGGGGUGUUUGACGAGUCCUGCGAGGCCAGCAACGACGCCUCCACCACCGCCUCCGCCGAGCUCAACUCUGACAAGAUGUAGAUAGGAGGGGGCGUUGAGUCUCCUAGGACGAGAGGUUGCUGAGGUGUUUAUCCUAUGAAAAGUCGUCGUGUUACUUCUCCUAGGACGUCGAAUAACAAUUGCUGUGUCUCCUAGAAAACGAAAUCUCUCUCUCUCUGUCCAUCCUAGAAGACGAAUAAGUACAAUAAGAUGAUCUUUACCUCACCCUAGGAAAAAAAUCCCCAAGCCGAACCUAACCGAAUAAAUCCGACACAAACCGAACCUAAUCGCACCUAACCGAAUCUAACCGAACCGAACCAAUAAAGAAAUCCGUCCAUGAAUUUCCCCAAGAGUGUAAAAAAUAUCCAUGAGGACUUUGUUUACCUGGCCUAGAUGAGGAGAGAGGUGUGUUUACGUAGACAGGAGUGAGGUAAUGAAAAUCAAAAGAUCGACCCUCACAAACCCCAGAAGCAAACAAAUCCAAACAACGUGAAGCAGACAAGCAAUGUUUACAAUGUUUACAAAGAUGAUUGUAAACGUAGAGGAAAACAAGUAUAAACAACAAAAUUUUAGAGAAUAAUUACUAGUAAUCAGUUAUUAUGCCUUACUUAUAUCCAGUAGUUAAGGCUAUUUUAACUAUCGCCUUCGUGCUGUUUAUAACAUAGUUUGGGAUUCUUAUAUGAAAAUAAUAUUUUAUAGAAACAUUAAUAUAGCAGUAUUAAUUUCUUACACUGAUAUAAGCUGUUAUCAAUAUGUAGUUAUACUGUAUGUUAUAUAUUAUGUGUAAUAAUUUCUUACAUGAAAAUAACAUAUACAGUUAACGUGCAUAAAUGAAUUUCUUGAAUUUUUAUACGAAUAGAUUAUAUGAUUAUCUUACUAUAUAUACUGGAAUUAUAUUGUUUUAUCUAGAUUUGUAAAUUAUAGAAAGGAAAUUGAUUAUAUAAGGUCCAGAGUCACAGAGAGUCGUAUGAAGAAUGUUUGUCGUAAGUUCAAAUCAGAGAACGGAUGUAACUAGUGGACUUAACUCCUUAAAUACGAUGCUUUUCGAUACUUUUAACCCUACAAUAUUAUCGUACUCAAGUUUAUAGGUUAUCGUACUCAAGUGUAUAGGUUAUCGUACUCAAGUGCAUAGGUUAUCGUACUCAAGUAUAUAGGUUAUCGUACUCAAGUAUAUAGG